AUGGCUGCAGAUGCCGGACAAUCACAGUAUGGCAAUCAAGCUGAGUUCCUGGCGGGUAGAUAUUCAUUGGAUGCGAGGCUCCCUUGCCAUACCUCAUCGGUCGCUUCUGGAGGGUUCGUAUCUGUUGACUCUAGUAGAAGUGAAGGUAGACGCGGAGUACUUAAUAGUGAAAAUCCUAACCGUGUCUCCAUGGGACCUGUUCAAGAAGAUGCUAACACACCCGAGCAAGACACGAAUGCGUACAUAGUAGAUGAACCGGAUGAGGACGACGAUGAUGAGGAGGAUGAAAUAGAGGAGUUCGAUGAGGAUGAGGAAUCCCGCAAUGAUGGUCAGGCACACACUCCAGAUGACAAAGGCAAAGGUUACAAUCUGAGGAUUGAUCCGCCACGUCGCAGCGCUAAUCGAUACACUCCAUCUGUGUUCAAAAAAGCCGCAAAGAGAUGCAAGAACUUCGUCAAUGAUGUCAAGUGGGCAAUGAGAAAGUAG